AACUAGGAGUCUAGCGAGGUUGAGGUUUAAGCGGUCUAAAAGCUACGUCAAGCCAUCAUAUGGGGAGCGCGUGUUAGGCGGACAUGGGCUCUCAGGCAUUUAGUAAUUCGGUACGAAGUAGUAUGGCUUGCAGCGACCCAGUCGGGAUUAAGAUGGCAAGUCGCUAGGAUGAUCCGAGGGGAUUCACUGACGGUGGUGGUACGAGAGUCUAAGAAGGAAUACCAGAGACGUCUAUUUUUGAGGCGCCUCAAAAAUAGACUCCUCAGAGACGGAGGAGGGAAACCAAGACGCUAGGCCGUGGCCGUGAGAGACGGAGAGAGGGGAGAAAGUCGUUCGAAUGAGGGCGUAAGCGACUCGUAAGGGGCACGUAAGACGUAGAAGACACAUACGAGUGAAAAUAAGAGUCGAAUAAGAGCCGGUGCGCGUCAGCCGGAGGGCGUCAGCCGGAGGGCGUCAGCCGGAGGGCGUCAGCCGGAGGGCGUCAGCCGGAGGGCGUCAUGGAUCAGCUCUUCGCCGCUGCUCUCGAGGAGAUCGCGCUCGAAGGACGGGAAGGCUGUUCAAUCUCCGCGCUAUGGCGCCUGCUCUCCCCCGCGUGCCAGCAACUCCGCCUGCCUCUCCCCCUGGAUCCCUCCUUCCGCCAGCUGCUCUUCUUCCGCCUCCUCCGCUGCCCCUCCCUCUCCCUCCUCUCCCCUCGUCCCCUCCCCGGCUUCGCCCCCUUGGAUGAUUCUGUCCUGGACGACUAUAGCACAGGGGGGGAGGGAAGAGGGGGGUGUGGAGAAGAGGGAGGAGGAGGGGGAGCAGGAGGAGGAGGGUUAGCAAGGGCUUUUACGGUAGUAGCAGAGGGAGGGGAGGAUGAGUGUGGGGAUGAGGAGGGGAGAGAGGACGCGAAGGGCAAGAAGCAGAGCAAGAAGAAAGGGAAGGAAAAGCCCGUGAGGUACCGGUGGGUGGGAUACGGGGUUGUGGGAGGAGAUGUAGACGUGGGAGGCGGACAAGAAAGAAUAGGGCAGGGGUUUAAGGAGAGAGCGCAUGGCAGGCGAGUAGCAGAAGCUGUGGGGGGAGGAGCAGAAGGAUCGGGAGGAGCGGGAGAGUGGAGAUGGGAGGAUGCGGAGAGGGAGGAGGGGGUGGUGGUGGUGGCGCAUAAGGGGCUGCGGCUGGCGUGUGUGGGCGUGUACGAGGAGAGUGAGUACGAGUGCGGGCUCAGCGACCUCAUGAUCGACACGCUGGAGCUCGUUGGCAAGACCAGGCGUGAUGGGGUCUCGCAGGCGCAGCUGGCCAAGACGAUGAGGGUGAAGAACAACAACUUUCACUACGUGCUGCGGUCGCUGGAGGCCCGCCACCUCAUCGCCAUCCAUGCCGUGGUCACCCGCCAAUCUUCCGGACCCAACACCGCCGCCGCUGCUGCUGGUCGCUCUGGCGGUUCUUCUGCUGCUGCUGCUGCUGCGUCCAAUGGCGUUGCUUCUCAGGCGUGCCGCACCAACAUGCUUUACCUCUCCCGGUUCUCACCUGCAACUAUCAUGGGGCAUGGCAAUUACCAUGUUCUUCCCGCUUCUGGCGCGGGGGAUCAGAUAGGAGCAACGGGAGGAGCAGCAGGGGGAGGGGCAGCGGAUGCGUGGGACGGUGGGGACGGGGGGGGCGGUGGUGCUGAGGGGAGUGGACGAUGAUGUGGCCGCUAUUUCCGGCAUUUGCCAGUAUCUCUCAAACGUGCAUGGG